AUGUCGGACGUUCAAGCCCUGUACCACUUUCUCAGGAAGCCCGUGUCGCCAGACAUGAUCCAGUGCCUGGUCAACACCACGAGCUCGGUGAUUGCAGUUCCUGACUACUCCAGCUCGUCGCUGCCAUCUCCACCCGCCUCGCCAAUGGAGACGCCUGUUCCUUCUCUCUACUGCUUCAUUGAGGCGCUCAUCGAACACUCCCACGUCCAGACACCAACUCUCAUGUCGAGCCUGGUCUAUCUGAUCAGAUUGCGCGAGAUCCUGCCGCCAAACAGCACAGGAAUGGAAACCACCAGACACAGAAUCUUCCUGGGCUGUCUUAUCCUGGCCGCGAAGAACCUCAACGACUCGUCUCCUCUGAACAAACACUGGUGCAAAUACACCAACGGCCUGCUCUCCUUGAGAGACGUCAAUACCCUCGAGAUGGAACUGAUAGGAUACCUGGGCUGGGAUAACAUCAGAAUCAGACAAUCAGACCUCAUUGCAACGUUCAGCCCCUUCCUGGAACCAAUCAAGUCCAAGCUCAGACGGCAAUCCGAGGCCAAGAUCGCCAAACACAGGGACCUCACCAGAGACCUGACCAGAUCUCACGCCUCGUCGCCUCUGCCUUCUCCAACACAGCCCCUGUACGCUAACUGGACUAAACAACCCUCGCUCUCACACCUGCCUUCUCCAUCUCCACAAAGACCAAAGAUGGCCAUUAGAAGAACCUCUGGUUCCACCAACCUGAACGCUAAAUACUCUGCAUACAACCUGCAGAAACCAUACUCAUUCCAGUCGCUACCAACCACCGCCUCCAUUCCUUCGCUCUCGACAUCCUCCUCCAUUCCCUCUCUCGCCUCCACAAAUUCCACAACCUCAACGGUAUUCGCAGUGGACGACUUCAACCCCAAACCGCUGAGGCUACCAAACUCGCAGUCACGUGACCUGGCCGAGAAUAAAGAGAAUCACAUCAUGGGCCCCUAUCUCAGGGUCAUCAACCCAGACAUGAUGUCUUCCGUACACUAG